AUGGACUUCUUUGUGCCUUUGCAACACGAUAACAGUCCAAUUAUUCUGCCCAUACAAGUGGCAGGCUACAAAUUCAAUUUCCUAUGGCCACUCAAAGAAGAUGCCAACGUCUUCAUGCGCCUAAUAAGUAGCUUAUGUCUUGGUGUGAGUAUUCUAUGCUAUAUCGGCACCAUUUUGGGUGAGGUUACAUUUGUGGCUGAAAAUUUCAGUGAUAUACCUGCAGUCGCUGAUUGUCUGUCAACCUCAUUUAUGGGCAUACAAUAUAUAAUACGUAUAUUUGUGCUGCUUAGUCGACAGCGUCCGAUGAGGAAGUUACUUACAAAUUUCUAUCGCGACAUUUAUUUUACCAGCGCUGAUGAUGGAGCAUUGUAUAAGGAAAUCAACACAAUUAUACGAUUUGUCAAUAUAUUUACACGUUUUUACUACACACCAAUGGUGCUCAUACUCGGCCUUUAUACAUACGAUGUUGCUAGCGUUGGUUUGGCAUACCCUGACAAACCAUUUAUCUAUCGCAUGUCAUUUCGUUGGUAUGACGCUCAGGCGCCGCUGCCAUUCAUCAUCACAGCUAUAUACUCAGGUUGGCUGACGAUUUCCACUGUCACCAUAUGGACCGCUGAGGAUUAUACGCUCUGCAUGGUGCUCUGUCAUGCCAGUUUUCGUUAUAAAAAAUUGCGUUUGGAUUUGCAGGAACUCUUCGAGGCGUCUCGUGCGGAUUUGCGCUGUGGUGAGGCACGUCGCAAGAAUGAAGAUUUGCAUACAGCCUUCCGGCGACGUCUUUGUGAUAUUUUUCAGAGACAACAAGAUUUGAAUGGCUUCGUUGCCGAGGCCAAGGCUCAUUUCACCCACCAAAUUUUCUACACUUUGUCCUUUGGCGUUUUGCUGCUGUGCGUUGUUUCGUUUCAAUUUCAGAGCACACAAAUGACAGUGGAGUGGAGUAAAUAUAUUGCCUGGCUCAUUUCGCAAACUUCGCAGUUUUUGUUGAUUGGCUAUUUUGGUCAAAUGCUGAUGGAUGAGACCACUGACUUGCAGAACAGCUUCUAUUUUUGCCAUUGGGAGGAUUUGUUGUCACUCGGUGAUAUUCGUAGUAAUAAAUUGUUGUUGCGUGAUUUAGAAUUCGCUAUAAUGAAUGCACAAAAACCAAUCGUUUUCGAUGGUAUGAAAAUUUUUCCAUUAACUUAUAGUACCGUGAGUUCGGCUCUUCGAUCUGCGGUUUCUUAUUUCAUGUUUUUAAACACUAUGAAUAAUACUAAUUAA